UCCCGACUUCCGCCCCUUUAAAAAACUUUCAGCAACUUCCUGAACUUCGCUUCUCUCGUCCGGGCGGCUUUUAAGGUGAUCAUCUUCCUCCGUGUAGUUCAAGAAAGUUUUGACCCGCUGCGGUUCCAGGUGAUUGGGGCAUCUCUCCUUUGUCAUUAUCACCACACAAAGGCAAUGAAGCCACGGCGACUCUACAUAGCUGUGAAAGAUUUCACAGGGGAAGCCAGAGCAGGCGGAGAAGUCAAGAUAUCCAGGGGUACUUUACUAAGCCAGGAAGAUGCCCGCGGGGUCUCCCCUGAUGGAACAUUUUGGGCCAAGGUCUUGGAUGCAGAAAAGUUGGUCCGAGUACCACCACUGAUGGCCAGAGAACUGAGCGGAGCCCAGUCUGGUUUGCUGGAAGCUGUGACCCAUGGAGACGAACGUCUGGCACUCUUUAAGCAGGGGCGGUUGAUGAAUAAACUCAGUGCCCUGGGGAAGGGUGACCGAGUGAGGGUCCAGAUCACCUCUGCUUCUGGGCAGAAAGUUCCAGGCAUUAUCCGAUACCGAGGACCCAUAGACAAGAGCAAGCAAGAUACCAGCAUCAUCUUUGGGGUGGAGCUGGUGGGCUCAGCUGCCGGGAAGGGUUUUACAGAUGGCUCCUUCAAAGGCCAGAAGUUCUUCUCCUGCCGUGAGAACUGUGGCGUCUUUGUACCCAUCAGCCGGAUUGAGCCUGACAAAUCGGUGGAGGAUAGUCCAUCAGCACCUCGAAGAGGAGGCAUCCGGGAAUGUACAAGAGUCCAGCUUACAACAGGAGAUCCCUUGUCGUCCCCAGGGCUAACGGUUGGAGACCGGGUCUUUUUCAAGAUGGAAAGCAGCACCCCUACUGGCAGUGUGGUAUAUUGCAACCAUCUUCCAGGGAAAUUUGAAGCCGGAGUGUUUGUGGGGAUAUUUCUGGAUGAGCCUGUGGGAUCCUGGGAUGGUUACUUCAAAGGCAAACCUCUCUGUCAUUUUCCAUCACCCAAAUAUGGGAUCUUGCUCCCCAUUUUCAAGGUGCAUAAAGAACAAGUUGAUAAAAGUCAAGAGGUCCUGAACAGCAACUCCUCCACCCCUACCUCAGAUGAAUAUGAAGACUGCCCAUCCCCUUCCUCCAUCAGAUAUCCUCCACCAAGGAAGGAGUGUUUAUCCCAGAACUCUCCACCGUCAGCCCCUUCAUCAAAUUUGGAGGACCUCAAGGAAGAAGAAACACAAGUUUUUGAGAGAAAGGAGAAGAAAAGUGAGGCAGAAGAAUCUGAGGAGGAUAAGGACAGCAGAGAAUAUGACUACCAUCUCUUAGAAAUCAAUUCCAUGGUGGAGGUUUAUAAUCCACCCAUCUAUGGUGUGAUACGUUGGAUCGGAGACCUACCAGAUGUAGAUGAGACGGUUGCUGGCUUGGAGCUGGAGGAACCACUACCAACUGGCUGUACAGAUGGACAAUAUAGAGGGAUCCGUUAUUUCUAUUGCCAAACAAACAAAGCCCUCUUUGUCAAGCUACGCCACUGCCAUCCUGACUCACGUUUUGACACCUUGCAGAGUCCCGAAAAUCCUGUUUUGCGAUGCAACUCCCUGGACUUUCGGGUCUAUGCCAGUGUCAAGGUGGAAGAAGAUACUCCACCACCACCAUUGGGCAAUCAAGGUUUGGAACUUCUUUCAGGGUGGAAAAAAGGGAUCCAAGGUCAUUGCAACUCUUGCUACCUCGAUGCUACUUUGUUCUGUAUGUUCUCCUUUACUUCUGUGUUGGAUUCAAUGCUACUACGCCCAACAGACAAGAACGAUGGGGAAUCUUACACCAAGACACGAGAUCUCUUGAGAACAGAGAUUGUCAACCCUUUGCGAAAGAAUGGUUAUGUGUGUGCCGCCAAAAUCAUGGCCUUGCGGAAAGCUUUGGAAACAGCUGGGCACUCCUCUGGCUUCACCAGUGAAGAAAAAGACCCAGAAGAGUUUCUCACCCUGCUCUUCCGAGUGCUAAAGAUGGAGCCUCUCUUUCAGAUCCGCUCAGCUGGCCAGGACCCUCAUGGUUGCAUUUUCUACCAGAUAUUUACCGAGGAUCACCCAAAUCACGUAGUUCCAACAGUUCAAGAACUUCUGGAGGGAUCACUGAUGACCGUGGAUCUCAAAUUUACAGAGGCCCCUUCAUGCCUUAUCCUUCAGAUGCCUCGGAAUGGGAAGAAUUUCAAAGCCUUUCGAACCAUCCAACCCAGCCUGGAACUUGACCUCACGGAUCUCCUGGAAGAAACUCCCCGUGAGUGUUCUGUAUGCCAAGGACUGGCUGUGAUGGAGUGUCCAGAUUGCUACCAGGAUCCUAGUUUUGGCAUGAGACACAUCAAACAGUUCUGCAAGAUUUGCAAUCAGCAGGUUCACAAGCACCGGGCUCGACAGUACCACCAGCCCCGUCCAUUGUAUCUGCCUGAGGAGCUUUCCCACUUUGGCUCUUUUCCGGAGACCAUCCCCCGUCAGACAAUGCAGCUCUUUGCAGUUCUCUGCAUUGAAACAAGUCAUUAUGUGGGUUUUACCCGCCAUGGCCCAGAUGCCCACCAGUGGCUUUUCUUUGAUAGUAUGGCUGACCGUGAGGGUGGAUUGAAUGGCUUUAACAUCCCUCGUGUCACACCCUGUUCCGAGGUAGCGGAUUACUUGGAAAUGUCCCCUGAAGCUCUGCAGGACUUGAAUCCCAAAUCUUUGCCCUCUUAUGCCCGCCGCUUGCUCUGUGAUGCUUACAUGUGCUUCUACCACAGCCCUUCCCUCAGCCUCUACAAAUAAAUGUUUGGAUGAGAGACAGGAGAUUUUAGAAGAGAGAGAAGUUACCGUAUAUGCCAGCGUACAAGGCGACCCGGCGUAUAAGACGACCCCCGUCUUUGUCGCCAAGCCGCAUUCCUAGAAUGUCGUCUUAUACGCUGGAAACUACCAGUAUUUCUGGCGUAUAAGACGACUCGGCCUAUAAGACGACCCCCAUCUUUGGCGCCGAUUUUAGCACUUGCAGAAGUCGCCUUAUACGCUGGCAUAUACGGUAUGUGACUGCAGGGAUCCCAUGGCAGAUAUGGCUGGGAAAUCUGAGUGUUUAAACCAAAACCUUUGGGAGAAACAACCUGAGAGAGUACUGAGCAAUUCAGAAACAAGGGCUAUAUAUUGUUACCUAGAACUUUUCAGGUAGACGCAAUAUUGGAAUCAGCUCUUCCUUCAGGACUAAUCUCAAUGAAAUAUUUAAAAACAUUAUAUGUAACAUCCCCUGACCACUCUUCACCAUUCAAACUGAACGGCACCCACUUUGAGCAGCUUACCAAAGGAUGUUUGGACAUUGUAUGUGAAUACAAAAAAAAUAGACUGUCAUGCCUCUAAACCCAUCCUCUAUUUGGGUAUUUCUAAACCAAUCCUGAUGAGUCUUUUUCUACCGCAUGAAACUUUUGAGCUCUUACAGUCUUUUCCCCAAGUGGUCACACUCCCAGAUUAAAGAAGUUGUGACAGAAAAACGGGAUCUUCUCAGUGGUGAUACCUUGUUUCCAGACACACAGACCUGAUGCCAGUUCUGAGGUCCUUUCAAAAUCGUGUGGCGAUUAGAAUUAUGAAUUGGAAAUUUUUUUCCCAAGAGAGAUUAAAAAGAUGAUGUGAUAUGGAAAAGCAAUUGCACUUAAGACUUAUAUACUGCUUCAUAGUGCUUUACAGCCCUCUCUAAGUGGUUUACAGGGUCAGCACAUUGCCCUCAACAAUCCGGAUUCUCAUUUUACCGACCUCGGAAGGAUAGAAGGCUGAAUCAACCCCAAGCUGGUGAGAAUCUAACUGCCAAACUGCUGGCAGCCAGCAGAAGUAGCCUGCAGUACUGCAUUCUAACCACUGUGCCACCAUGGAAAAAUUGGAUGGAAAGAUGGCUAUUGAAUUUGGACCAAGUGAUAGAUGAUGAUUAAUUUUUAACAUUGUGUUAAAGAGACAAACAUUAUCUACCAGAUGUAACCUAAUGGUUAUAUUUACAGUUACAUUAUUUGUUAACAACAUUGGACCAACAGUAUUUUUAGCUUUGAGACUCUUGAGAUAUUAGAACUUGUUAAAUCCUUUACAUCUUUUUUUUUUUUUUAAAAAAAAGCCCUACUGUUCAUUUUUAUAGAUAUUUGUUAUCAGUAAUUCAAUAUGCUAUGAAGAUCUAAAAAAUUAGUGGAAUAAAUAAUUUGAGAUUCUUAUAAUGCCCAGACAAUGGGAGACUGAACUUCUCUAGCAAGAGUGUCACUGGACCUCAAAUUAUGACUUAUAGAACAAAAACAUUAUUUAGAAUUUAUUGCACUCUGUUAUAUAUGUAUAGAAAAGGAUUUUCAAAAACAACAUUUUGCUGGAGAUGAAGGAUAUUGGUUCUUUAAAACACACAUUUUUACACUGUCUUGCACUUACCAAGUUUUGGAAGAAAGUACUAGAUUAUAUAAAUAUAAUUGCGUGAGAAAAAGCUAAAAUUUUCAGACAAUAAUAUACCUUUGAAUUACAUAUCUUGUAUUUGGAAUUUGACAACUGGGCAAUGAAAAUGGAUUUUCUGUGUCCUUAUUAUGGCAAAUAACUGACAUUAUAGCAUUGGUAAGAUAAUUGUAUGCCUCUUCACUCAAUGGGUUGAGCACCUGAUUGCACUUACCAUCUAUAAGUGGACCACCUAUAGAUGUAGUAUAUGAACAAAUAUAAUGAAAUAUGGGGCUCAUUUAAACAAAAUACCAAAGGUUUUUUCUACAUACAUACAUACAUACCGGUACAUACAUACAUACAUAUAUAUAUAUACAUAUACACAUACAUACAUAUAUAUAUACACACACACACACACACAUACUUGAAUAAUAAUUGCAUUAGAUAAUAUAUUAUCUAAUAGAAUUUUAACUAUUUACUGCUAAAAUGAUACACCUUUUUUCUUUUUCCUUUGUAUUUUUUUAAAAUAACUUUCUGUGUAUUUUUUUCUUUUGGCAAAGUAUGUAUUUUUAUCGUUUCCAAUGUUGUUUUUUUUUCCAAUAUUUGUCAUUAUUUUUAAAAAAGCUAUAAAAGAAUUUUAAAAGAGAUUUAAUGAUUUUUCUGUGUUGGGAAAAGCAGGUGUUGCAAUGUUAAAAUUAUGGGUUGGUUACUGCUUGGCUUUUAUUGCUUUAAGGGCUCCUAUUUCAUCUUUUAAAAUGAGGUGUAUUUAUUAAAAUUUGACAAAAUUUCCUUUGACAAUCUAACGCAGGAUUUAGCUAUCUUUAAGCAUUGAGUAUCAUUGCACAAUGCUGAAUUAUAGUAUAGACGCAAAACAUUUUU